AUGUGUGUGGCCUCUGACAGCCACAGCAACCACUACGGCGGUAUAGGAUGCCUAGGCUCUCCCCUUGUUCGUACAGAUGCCGCAUCGAUUUGGGCAACAUCGCGUACCUGGUGGCAGAUCCCGCCGGUAGCACGAGUGAACUUUGUAGGAACGCUGCCGCCAGGGGUGACCGCAGAAGAUAUCGCAGUCGCCCUAAAUAUUUUCUUCAAGAGCGACGUGCCGAACCAUGCCGUUGAGUUCACUGGCUCCGAGGAAACUAUGGCAAGUCUGCCCGUGGAUAGCAGAUUGACGAUCGCCAAUAUGACUACUGAGAUGACUGCUCUUCGUUUUGUCUCCUUUUCUCUGUCAGGCUUAUUCCCGGUGGACAAAACCUUGGAACGCUGGCUUCGAAAUAAGGCAACCGAAGCUACCAUACUCGACGACCGUACGACUCGACUACGUAUCACGCAUGAGAAGAUAGACGAGCUGUUCGCGAACCCCCUCACGGCUGACCGUGAUGCUGUGUAUGCGAAGCAGUUAUAUCUGAAUCUUGACACACUCGCGCCCUAUGUGUCAGGCCCGGACUCUGUCAAAGUCGGGACCCCUUUGCAUGAGCUGGCGCCGCAGCAUAUCAAGAUCAAUCGUGUCCAACUCUACAUCGCUGCGGCUUCCGCACCCGAGCAGGAGGCCGCAGAAGCUGUAGGUGACUGGCAGACUCUACUCGAUGCUGGCGCUCAGGCGCUGCCCGCCGGCUGCGGACCCUGUAUUGGGCUUGUGCAGGCCUGCUGGUUGGAACAAGGCAGAGUCGGACAUAGGGACGCGCAAACCUAUCUGGCAAGUCCCCAGGUUGUAGCAGCUAGCGCUCUCAAGGGCGUCAUUUCCGGUCCGGACACCUACGAAGUUCCUACGAAUUGGUCUGGCGUAGAGUACGGGUACGGCACCAGUGCCGAACCGACUACAGAGACCAAGCUUUCAAACUUCGUACAGCAGAUGGAGUCGCUAAUCGAGCAAGUGGAGUCUAUUGAGACUCCUAGAUCCGAAGUCGACAUCUUGCCAGGGUUUCCCGAAAAGAUCAGUGGUGAAAUCAUUUUUUGCGACGCCGACAAUCUUAACACUGAUGGUAUUUACCCGGGGAAAUGUACUUACCAAGACAACUUUUCCAAGGAGGAUAUGGCACGCGUCUGUAUGGAGAAUUAUGACCCCUAG